AUGGCUGUGUCGGAACUGGAAGAGGACAUCAAGAUCAUCUCGGGAACAGAGAGUGCAAGGCCCAGGGAGCUCUCCCCAGGGGAAUGCUGUCGAUUUUUUGGAGACAAUGGCUUGACUUUGAAGGUGUUUUUUACCAAGGCAGCACCUUUCGGUGUUCUUUGGACACUCACAAACUACCUGUACUUACAUGCAAUAAAGAAAAUAAAUACUACGGAUGUCUCCGUGUUGUUCUGCUGCAACAAAGCUUUUGUGUUCUUGCUCUCAUGGAUCGUUCUCAGGGACAGGUUCAUGGGAGUGAGGAUCGUGGCUGCCAUCCUCGCCAUCGCGGGCAUCGUGAUGAUGACCUACGCCGAUGGCUUCCACAGCCACUCCGUCAUCGGCAUCGCUCUGGUGGUGGGCUCUGCAUCCAUGUCGGCUCUCUACAAGGUUCUCUUCAAGCUCCUGCUGGGCAGCGCGAAGUUUGGAGAAGCUGCCUUAUUCCUUUCCAUCCUGGGUGUGUUCAACAUCCUCUUCAUCACCUGCAUCCCUGUCAUCCUCUACUUCACCAAAGUGGAAUACUGGAGCUCCUUCGAUGACAUUCCAUGGGGAAACCUUUGUGGAUUUUCCAUUCUCUUAUUGACAUUCAAUAUUGUAUUAAAUUUUGGAAUUGCUGUUACAUAUCCCACGCUGAUGUCUCUCGGAAUCGUCCUCAGUGUUCCUGUGAAUGCAGUGGUGGAUCACUACACCAGUCAGAUAGUCUUCAACGGGGUUCGGGUCAUCGCCAUCAUCAUCAUUGGUCUGGGCUUCCUCCUCCUGCUCCUGCCAGAGGAGUGGGACGUCUGGUUGAUCAAGCUGCUCACCCGACUCAAAGUGAGGAAGAAGGAGGAGACAGCAGAGGGUGGUGCGGACCUGGGCUCGGGGCCCCAGAACAGGAGCAGAAGAGCCCGCCCUUCCUUUGCACGCUAGGGCUGCGCCUCUGAGACUCUGGGGAAGCCCCAGCGGUUAUGAUUUGGUCUUCUGCUGGGAGGAGACUCGGUGGGUUAAGGUGUACAUACCUGUACAGUUUUGGUAAUCUGCAGUAAGUUCUACGGUAUUUAUUGGCAUGUCCAACUUGCUUGCACUUUCCACAUCAGACCUUCCACUUAUGGAAACCAAUUCAAUACGGUAGAGAAAAAGAACCUCUCAGCGCUUUUUCAAUGAAUGUAAAGUAGGUUAAAAUGAGCCUUGCAUCGACCGCUUUGGAAGACAGGCGUGUUUUGAAUCUUAGCAACUGAAAUGACAUUGUACACUGUGAUUAUUUUUCAGCUAUAGUAGGUCAUAUUUUGUUUUAUAUCAGAGCUGUACUUUUAAUUUUAAGAAAUUUCAAUGAACCAAAAGAUAACUGUCAGUUAAUCUGGAUGGAUGGAUG